AUGUCACAUAUUGUCUUCUCAUUAAUACCAAUUCAGCAAGAGAAGGAAGAACAACAUCAGCUAGCAGUCAAUGCCUUCUUAAAGAAUUCGAGGAAGGAGCAUCAGCGUAUCCUUGCACGUCGUCAGACUAUAGAGGAAAGGAAGGAGCGCCUUGAAAGUCUGAACAUCCAGCGUGAAAAGGAAGAGCUGGAGCAGCGCGAAGCAGAGCUACAAAAAGUCCGUAAAGCAGAAGAGGAGAGACUGCGCCAGGAAGCAAAGGAAAGGGAGAAGGAGCGUAUCCUGCAAGAGCAUGAGCAAAUCAAAAAGAAGACGGUUCGGGAGCGCCUGGAGCAGAUAAAGAAGACUGAACUGGGAGCCAAAGCAUUUAAAGAUAUUGACAUUGAGGAUCUUGAAGAGUUGGAUCCUGACUUUAUUAUGGCUAAACAAGUUGAACAGCUGGAGAAAGAGAAAAAGGAGCUUCAGGAACGACUGAAGAAUCAGGAGAAAAAG